UACCCGGAAGCGCCGCCACUUCCGGCGCCGCCGUCAUGGCGAAGCUCCUCAGCUGCGUCCUGGGCCCGCGGCUUUACCGGGUCCAUCGGCCCCGGCCGCCCGGGCCGGCCCCGGGGAGCGGCGGCGGCGGCACCGAGCGCGGGGAGCCGGCCUGGGACUCGUAUUACCAACCGCGGGGGCUGGAGAAGCACACGGACAGCGUCCUGGCCCUGGCCUCGGUGCUCUGGUCCAUCUCGUACUACGCCUCCCCCCUGGCCGUGUUCUACCUGUACCGGAAAGGCCUGCUGACCAUGUCCCGCGUG